AUGGUGUCUUGGCAAGGAGUGCUGCCUUCGCAGGGAGUGCUGCAUCUGCAACGAGUGCUGCCUUCGCAAUGUGUGCUGCCUUCGCAAGGAGUGCUGCCUUUCCAAGGAGCGCUGCCAUCGCAAGGAGUGCUGCCUUCGCUGGGAGUGCUGCCUUCGCAAGGAGGGGCUGCCUUCGCAAAGAGGGAGUACUGCCUUUGCAAUGAGUGCUGCCUUCCAAUGAGUGCUGCCUUUGCAAGGAGUGCUGCCUUCGCAAGGAGUGCUGCCUUCGCAAGGAGUGCUGCCUUUGCACAGAGUGCUGCCUUUGCAGGGAGUACUGCCUUUGCACAGAGUGCUGCCUCCGCAAGGAGUGCUGCCUUUGCAUGGACUGUUGCCUUCGCAAGGAGUGCUGCCUUUGCAAGGAUUGCUGCCUUCGCAAGGAGUGCUGCCUUCGCUAGGAGUGCUGCCUUUGCUAGGAGUGCUGCCUUCGCGGGGAGUGCUGCCUACGCAGGGAGAGCUGCCUUCGCAAGGAGAGCUGCCUUCACAAGGAGAGCUGCCUUUGCAAGGAGUGCUGCCUUCAGUGCUGCCUUCGCAAGGAGGGCUGCCUUCGCAGGGAGUGCUGCCUAUGCAGGGAGUGCUGCCUUCGCAAGGAGUGCUGACAUCGCAAGGAGUGCUGCCUUCGCAGGGAGUGCUGCCUUCGCAAGGAGUGCUAACUUCGCACGGAGUGCAGCCUUCGCACAGAUAGCUGCCUUCACACGGAGUGCAGCCUACGCACAGUGUGCUGCCUUCGCAAUAAGUGCUGCCUUCACAGGGAGUGCUGCCUUAGCAUGGGGUGGUGCCUUCGCAAGGAGUGCUGCCUUUGCAGGGAGUGCUGCCUUUGCAAGGGGUGUUGCCUUCGCAAGGAGUGCUGCGUUCACAAAGAGGGCUGCCUUCGCAAGGAGUGCUGCCUUCGCAAGGAGUGCUCCCUUCGCAAGGAGUGCUGCCUUCGCAAUGAGGGCUGCCUUUGCAGCGAGUGCUGGCUUCGCAAGGGUUGGUGCCUUCGCAAGGAGUGCUGCCUCUGCAAGGAGUGCUGCCUUCGUAAGGAUAUAUGCCUUCGCAAGGAGUGCUGCCAUCACUAGGAGUGCUGCUUUGCAAGGAGGGCUGGCUUCGCAGGGACUGCUGCCUUUGCAGGCAGUGCUGCCUUUGCAAGGAGUGCUGCCUUCGUACGGAGUGCAGCCUUCGCACUUAGUGCUGCCUACCCACGGAGUGCUGCCUUUGCACAGAGAUCUGCAUUCGCAGGGUGUCUUCAAAAGGAGUGCUGCCUUUGCAAGGAGUACUGUCUUCGAAAGGAGUGCUGCUUUCGCAAGGAGUGCUGCCUUCGCUAGUAGUGUAGGCAUCGCAAGGAGUGCUGCCUUCCAGAGGAGGGCUGCCUUCGCAGGGAGUGCUGCCUUCGAAAGGGGUAAUGCAUUCAGUGCUGCCUUCGCAAGGAGGGCUGCCUUCGCAGGGAGUGCUGCCUAUGCAGGGAGUGCUGCCUUCGCAAGGAGUGCUGACAUCGCAAGGAGUGCUGCCUUCGCAGGGAGUGCUGCCUUCGCAAGGAGUGCUAACUUCGCACGGAGUGCAGCCUUCGCACAGAUAGCUGCCUUCACACGGAGUGCAGCCUACGCACAGUGUGCUGCCUUCGCAAUAAGUGCUGCCUUCACAGGGAGUGCUGCCUUAGCAUGGGGUGGUGCCUUCGCAAGGAGUGCUGCCUUUGCAGGGAGUGCUGCCUUUGCAAGGGGUGUUGCCUUCGCAAGGAGUGCUGCGUUCACAAAGAGGGCUGCCUUCGCAAGGAGUGCUGCCUUCGCAAGGAGUGCUCCCUUCGCAAGGAGUGCUGCCUUCGCAAUGAGGGCUGCCUUUGCAGCGAGUGCUGGCUUCGCAAGGGUUGGUGCCUUCGCAAGGAGUGCUGCCUCUGCUAGGAGUGCUGCCUUCGUAAGGAUAUAUGCCUUCGCAAGGAGUGCUGCCAUCACUAGGAGUGCUGCUUUGCAAGGAGGGCUGGCUUCGCAGGGACUGCUGCCUUUGCAGGCAGUGCUGCCUUUGCAAGGAGUGCUGCCUUCGUACGGAGUGCAGCCUUCGCACUUAGUGCUGCCUACCCACGGAGUGCUGCCUUUGCACAGAGAUCUGCAUUCGCAGGGUGUCUUCAAAAGGAGUGCUGCCUUUGCAAGGAGUACUGUCUUCGAAAGGAGUGCUGCUUUCGCAAGGAGUGCUGCCUUCGCUAGUAGUGUAGGCAUCGCAAGGAGUGCUGCCUUCCAGAGGAGGGCUGCCUUCGCAGGGAGUGCUGCCUUCGAAAGGGGUAAUGCAUUCGCAAGUAGUGCUGCCUUCUCAGGGAGUACUGCCUUUGCAACGAGUGCUGCCUCCCAAUGA